AUCCUCAUCUUCACAGUGGUGGUGUUAGGAACCAGGAGUCGCCCUGUUUUUCAUUUACUCAUGUUGAUGCCAAGUCAUGAAUCUGAAUUUUCUUUGGGGGCUGUUUUACCCUGCAUGUACCCCUCCACCACGGACAGAUCAAAACAAACGGACUAGCAAGACGUUUUAGGGCAGCACUUUAUCACGCAACAGUAUGUUUUUGUGUAUUCGUAACCAUUUAGGGUGAUACCUUUCUGUGAGGGAGCUUUCAGAGAUGGACGUCCGGUUCCUAUCACCACCACUGUGGACAGUUCUGUGCAUUUCACGCCAAACCACACUGUUUACACCCCAACCGGUGAAUUAUAUGGGAAUUUCGAAAAAUCGGUGGAGUUCCCCUUUAACAAGAAACCGUUAGCGGCCAACCACGGCUUCAGUCAGAGCAGCGUCAAACCCUCUUUUGUCCUUGAUUUUUUUUAUUUUGGUCACAUACAACAUUCGGUUCCUGUCACGGUUUGCUCAUGUUCCCCAUUUGGGUUGAUAUCUGAGGAAAAACUGUGGAGUCCGGGUGAAUUUUCUGGAAAACUGGACCGUUAAGAGGAGCACCGUUUGCUGUGAGGCAAAUUAUGCCAGCAGCACCAGCGUUCCUGUUUCUGGUGACGUGCCAGGCUGUUGGUAAGACCGAUCCGCCCCUGCACCCCCAUUCCUGCCCUCGUCUCCGUCCUUCUGCCCUCUCCUCUGGGAGGCCCGUGCUGGUGGAUGUUCCGCUCCGGCCCACACCGGCACCAUGAGCGCCAACGGCCCUGCACCGCCCACAGCCCCGCCUGCUGCAGUGCCCACCACCCCGGCGGCCCCGCCCCCGUCGACGGUGGUGCCGGUGGGUUCCCUGGCGCAGAAAAAGAGGCAGCAAUAUGCCAAGAGCAAGAAGCAGGGCAGCUCGGCCAACACUCGGCCGCAGAGAGCCCUUUUCUGCCUCAAUCUCAACAAUCCUAUCCGUCGGGCGUGCAUCAGUCUUGUGGAGUGGAAGCCAUUUGAUAUCUUUAUAUUAAUCGCUAUUUUUGCCAAUUGCAUGGCCUUAGCUGUCUACGUCCCUUUUCCUGAGGAUGAUUCAAACUCAACCAACCACGACCUGGAAACAGUUGAAUAUGCCUUUCUCAUCAUUUUCACAAUUGAGACCUUCCUCAAGAUCAUAGCAUACGGAUUAGUUAUGCACCAAAACGCGUACGUCAGGAAUGGUUGGAAUAUGCUGGAUUUUGUCAUUGUCGUCAUUGGAUUGUUCAGUGUUGUCCUGGAAGUUUUGACCAAAGACGGAGGCAGUCAAGAGGCGGAAGGCACCCCCGCCGCAGCCAUGCACGGCCAUGGGGGGAAACCGGGAGGUUUCGACGUCAAAGCCCUGCGAGCUUUCAGAGUGUUGCGACCCCUUCGACUGGUUUCAGGAGUACCCAGCUUACAGGUGGUGCUGAACUCCAUCAUUAAAGCCAUGGUUCCCUUGCUCCACAUCGCUCUGCUGGUCCUUUUUGUCAUCAUCAUCUAUGCCAUCAUCGGCCUUGAGCUCUUUAUCGGCAAAAUGCACGCUACCUGCUUCAUCACUGGGUCAGAUUUCAUAGCAGAGGAUGAACCUGCACCGUGUGCGGUAAACGGUCAUGGUCGCACAUGUUCCAUUAAUGGUACCGAGUGCAGAGAGGGAUGGCACGGCCCAAACGGCGGCAUCACCAACUUCGACAACUUCAUGUUUGCCAUGCUGACAGUGUUCCAGUGCAUCACUAUGGAGGGCUGGACAGACGUGCUCUACUGGAUGAAUGAUGCAAUGGGGAUGGAGCUGCCGUGGGUCUACUUUGUGAGCUUGGUGAUCUUCGGGUCUUUCUUCGUGCUGAACCUUGUUCUGGGUGUUUUGAGCGGAGAGUUCUCGAAGGAGCGAGAAAAGGCAAAGGCUCGAGGAGACUUCCAAAAACUUAGAGAGAAACAGCAGCUAGAAGAGGAUCUGAAGGGCUACCUGGACUGGAUCACACAAGCAGAGGACAUUGACCCUGAUAAUGAGGAAGAAGAGGAGGAAAGCAAACGCAAUCGGGUCACUCUGGCUGACCUCGUGGACAAGAAGAAGAAAGGGUUUAGCUGGUUCAGUCAGUCCUCUGACACUCAUGCGAGUGUUCCAGCGAGUGAAACUGAAUCUGUGAACACGGAGAAUGAGAAAGGAGAGGAUGAGAAAACGACGUGCUGUGGCCCACUGUGUCAGAAAAUCUCAAAAUCGAAGUUCAGUCGGCGCUGGCGUCGCUGGAACAGAUUCUGCCGCAGGAAAUGCCGCUUGGCUGUGAAAUCGGUACCGUUCUAUUGGCUGGUGAUCAUUCUGGUGUUCCUCAACACUCUCACCAUUUCAUCAGAGCACUACAAUCAACCUCUCUGGCUCACACAAGUACAAGACGUCGCCAAUAAGGUCCUGCUGGCCCUGUUCACGUGUGAGAUGCUGGUGAAGAUGUACAGUCUUGGUCUGCAAGCCUACUUCGUAUCACUUUUUAAUCGCUUUGACUGUUUCGUCGUAUGCGGCGGCAUCACGGAGACGAUCCUAGUGGAACUGGAAAUCAUGUCUCCACUAGGCAUCUCUGUGUUCCGCUGCGUACGACUCCUGAGGAUCUUUAAAGUGACACGACACUGGGCAUCUCUUAGUAACUUGGUGGCAUCUCUGUUGAACUCCAUGAAGUCUAUCGCCUCCCUGCUGCUCCUGCUCUUCCUCUUUAUCAUCAUCUUCAGUCUGCUCGGGAUGCAGGUGUUUGGUGGCAAGUUCAACUUUGACGAGACGCAGACCAAGAGGAGCACUUUUGACAACUUCCCACAGGCCCUCCUAACUGUGUUUCAGAUUCUAACAGGCGAAGACUGGAACGCAGUAAUGUAUGACGGCAUCAUGGCGUACGGCGGCCCUUCGUCGUCAGGAAUGAUCGUGUGCAUUUAUUUCAUCAUCCUCUUCAUCUGUGGAAACUACAUCCUGUUGAAUGUCUUCUUGGCCAUUGCUGUGGACAACCUGGCAGACGCUGAGUCUCUCAACACGGACAGUGAUGACAAGAAGAAAGAUGAAGACAAGAAUGAUGAAGAUGAGAAGGUUCCAGAUGAUGAUGAGAAGGACAAUGCAGAAGAAGAGGAGGAUGAGCCGGAGGUUCCAUCGGGGCCUCGUCCUGCAGUCUCUGAGCUGGUGAAGAAAGAGAAGAUAACACCCAUCCCAGAGGGCAGCGCAUUCUUCAUCUUCAGCACCACUAAUCCGAUUCGUGUUGCAUGCCACAAGCUUAUAAACCAUCACAUUUUCACCAACCUCAUCCUCGUCUUCAUCAUGUUGAGCUCCGCCUCUCUUGCUGCUGAGGACCCAAUCAGAAACCUCUCUACCCGCAACAUCAUACUUGGUUACUUUGACUAUGCCUUCACGGCUAUCUUUACUGUAGAGAUCGUGUUGAAGAUGACGACCUAUGGAGCGUUUCUCCACAAAGGGGCAUUCUGCAGGAACUACUUUAACCUGCUGGACCUGCUGGUGGUGGGCGUAUCUCUGGUGUCCUUCGGAAUACAAUCUUCAGCCAUCUCUGUGGUGAAGAUUCUCCGUGUACUGAGAGUGCUGAGGCCUCUCAGAGCUAUUAACAGAGCCAAAGGACUCAAGCAUGUGGUCCAGUGUGUGUUUGUGGCCAUCAGGACCAUCGGCAACAUUAUGAUCGUCACCACUCUGCUGCAGUUCAUGUUUGCCUGUAUCGGAGUGCAGCUCUUUAAGGGGAAGUUUUACCGCUGCAAUGAUGAGGCCAAAUCAAGCCCAGAGGAGUGCAAGGGCACGUUUAUCCUGUACAAAGAGGGAGACGUGAACCAGCCCACUAUUCAGAAGCGCCAUUGGCACAACAGCGAGUUCAACUUUGAUAACGUGCUCAUGGCCAUGAUGGCACUCUUCACUGUGUCCACAUUCGAGGGCUGGCCAGCGCUUCUCUACAAGGCCAUUGACUCAAACAAGGAAAACUUUGGUCCCAUCUAUAACUACCGUGUGGAAAUCUCCAUCUUCUUUAUCAUCUACAUCAUCAUCAUCGCCUUCUUCAUGAUGAACAUCUUCGUGGGUUUUGUCAUCGUGACUUUUCAGGAACAGGGAGAGAAAGAGUACAAGAACUGUGAGCUGGACAAGAACCAGCGGCAGUGUGUGGAGUAUGCGCUGAAAGCCCGGCCUCUGAGGCGGUACAUCCCUAAAAACCCCUACCAAUACAAGUUCUGGUAUGUGGUGAACUCCACUGGCUUUGAGUACAUCAUGUUCGUCCUCAUCAUGCUCAACACACUUUGUCUGGCAGUGCAGCACUAUGGGCAGUCUCAGUUGUUUAACUAUGUGAUGGACAUCUUGAACAUGGUCUUCACUGCAGUCUUUACUGUGGAAAUGGUCCUCAAACUGAUCGCCUUCAAACCCAGGCAUUAUUUCACUGAUGCUUGGAACACGUUUGAUGCCUUAAUUGUAGUUGGUAGCGUCGUAGAUAUUGCUAUCACUGAAGUCAAUAAACUUGUAGAGCCCACGGAGGCUCCACAGGUGGAUGAGUCGGGGAAUACAGAGGACAGCGCCCGCAUCUCCAUCACGUUCUUCAGGCUGUUCCGAGUGAUGCGAUUGGUCAAAUUACUCAGCAGAGGGGAGGGCAUUCGUACCCUCCUGUGGACCUUCAUCAAGUCCUUCCAGGCUUUGCCGUAUGUCGCUUUGUUGAUCGCCAUGCUGUUCUUCAUCUAUGCUGUCAUCGGCAUGCAGAUAUUCGGAAAGGUUGCCAUGGUGGACGGUACGCAGAUCAACAGGAACAACAACUUCCAGACUUUUCCACAGGCUGUUCUGCUGCUGUUCCGGUGUGCCACUGGUGAAGCAUGGCAGGAGAUCAUGUUAGCAUGUAUGCCGGGUAAGCGUUGUGACCCGGAGUCCGACUACAACCCCGGAGAGGAGAUGACUUGCGGCAGCAGCUUCGCCAUCGUUUACUUCAUCACAUUCUACAUGCUCUGUGCAUUCCUGAUCAUUAACUUGUUUGUGGCUGUCAUCAUGGACAACUUUGACUAUCUCACCCGUGAUUGGUCCAUUUUGGGCCCACAUCAUCUUGAUGAGUUUAAGAGGAUAUGGUCUGAAUAUGAUCCAGAGGCCAAGGGAAGAAUAAAGCAUUUAGAUGUUGUGACUCUAUUGCGGCGCAUUCAGCCUCCCCUGGGCUUCGGAAAGCUGUGUCCACACAGAGUAGCAUGCAAGCGGCUAGUGGCCAUGAACAUGCCUCUGAACAGUGACGGCACAGUCAUGUUUAACGCUACUCUGUUCGCACUGGUGAGGACCGCCCUGAAGAUCAAAACAGAGGGUAACCUGGAGCAGGCCAAUGAGGAGCUACGGGCCGUCAUUAAGAAAAUCUGGAAAAGGACCAGUAUGAAGCUGCUUGACCAAGUGGUGCCCCCUGCUGGCGAUGAUGAGGUAACCGUGGGGAAGUUCUAUGCCACCUUCCUGAUACAGGACUACUUUAGGAAAUUCAAGAAACGUAAAGAGGAGGGACUGGUCGGCGUGCAUCCUGCACAGAACAACACUGCCAUCGCACUGCAGGCUGGUCUCCGUACGCUGCAUGAUAUUGGGCCCGAAAUCCGCCGUGCCAUAUCAUGUGAUCUCCAGGAUGAGGAGCUAGUAGACUUUAUGCCUGAGGAAGACGAGGAGAUUUAUAGGCGAAACGGUGGCCUUUUCGGCAAUCAUGUCAACCACAUCAACGGAGACCAUCGUCGAAGUUCUGGGCAUCAGACUAAUGCCACCCAGCGCCCCCUACAGGUUCAUCCACCCCCACAUUACGCCCACAUGGAACAGCCCGUGGGCCGGCUGGGCCGUGCUAAAGCCAUGGCGCACCAUAACCAUCACCACCACCACCACCAUCAUCACCACAAUUCCUACGGCAAGUCUCCCAAGUCCACCAACAUCAACCUCAACAAUGCUAACGUGUCCAGCCUGCCCAACGGAGGUCACAGUCGCUACUACCAACACAUACCUGCAAAUGGGUACCCAGGAUCGUACUACCCCGGGGAUUAUGAAAAGCCACGGACGCCGCAUGGACAAAGAAGGCGCUACUAUGAGACCUAUAUUAGGUCACACGGCAGCGAAAGACGCCGCCCGACCAUUCGCCGUGAGGAAGAGUACGAAGAAGACCGUUACUCUGGAGAGUACUACAGUGGAGAGGAGUUUUAUGAAGAUGACAGCAUGCUGUCAGGGGAAAGGUACCCCAACAGUGAUCAGGAGUAUGAGACGCCUCGUGGGUACCAUCACCCCGACAGUUACUAUGACGAUGAUGAGCAGCCCCUUUACCACGAUUCACACAGGUCACCAAAGAGACGGCUGCUUCCCCCCACACCUCAAGGCCACCGGAGGCCCUCGUUUAACUUUGAGUGUCUGCGUAGACAGAGCAGUCAGGAUGAUCUUCCUCACCAGCGAACUGCUCUUCCGUUGCAUCUUAUGCAACAUCAGGUGAUGGCAGUAGCAGGACUGGACUCGAGCAGAGCCCACAGACUCUCACCUACUCGCUCCACCCGCUCAUGGGCUACUCCUCCGGCCACACCGGCCAGCAAAGACCGGACCCCCUACUACACACCCCUGAUCCGAGUGGACCGCCCUCUACGGGACAGCGCCAGCAGCAGCCGUUCCUCGUUGAGGAAAAGCUCAUGGUACGACCCGGAAUACCAGCAGAGCAGCUAUUCGCCUGUGCAUCUGCAGAUUCCACCUGAGUACCGAAACCAGUACCACCAGAAGAGAGGCAGCGCCACCAGUCUGGUUGAAGCGGUUCUGAUAUCAGAAGGACUGGGUAGAUACGCUAAGGACCCAAAGUUUGUGGCAGCCACGAAGCAUGAGAUUGCAGAUGCCUGUGACAUGACCAUCGACGAGAUGGAGAGCGCCGCGAGCCACCUGCUGAACGGCGGAGUCACGCCAGGGGUCAAUGGGGUCAACGUUUAUCCCAUCCUAGGUCACAGAGACUACGACAUGCAGGACGUUUCGGCCAGCUACAGCGACGAGGAGCCGGAACCGGAACCUCGGCCUCAGUACGAGGAGGACCUGGCGGACGAGAUGAUAUGCAUCACCACAUUAUAGCGUUCGGUUAGCGUCUGAUGCUAACCGGCUAGCGUGCUCCUAAACAAAAACAAAAUGCAUCUAUUGGCUCAUAACCAAAAGAAGUGCCUUUACAGAGCAGUAGAAAGGCACCUGGAGGAAGGACACACUGGCCCCGCCCACUCGCUUCCUAUUCGCCAAGGGGCCAGGGAGGAGUUCCACUCUAUCAGACUGCUGCUGAUGAUGAUGAUGCUUUGGAUAUUGCCCCUGAUUUGAUGACGCUGAACUAGCUGAGUGGCUGCCUGUGCGGUCACUGCAGGCCAUGGACCAAUGUGCAGUGACGUGAGGUAUCCUGGGGGGCGGGGUUUUUCCAAGGUGAUGACAAUCAAAUCAUAGAUGUCAUUACCUCAAGUCACUUUAUUAAGGGUUUUGCAUAUCAAGCACGUUUUCAAUGCAAGCUAAGUAAGGCAUAUCUCCCUCUAGAGGCUUUAGUUUGUAAUCAGGCCAUACGUUCAUUUAGCAAAGGAUGAUGAGAAUUGCAAAUCUUUUAGACUAACACCAAUAAGACCAUGCUGGUUUACGGUUAAUAUCAUGACUUAUUAUGACUUACUACUGCAUUAUCAAUCUGGAGAUACUUUUUCAAGACGAUUGCAGCAUUUGUUUUGAAUGCACUAGCAGGCAGGUUAUUUUUUAACUCUAGGAUAGCCUGUUUGGGCUUUCAUAAUUACUAUGCUGUAAAUUAAUUGUAAUAUAAAACAAAAAGAGAAAAAACUUUGUAAAGAGACGUUAUAUAUUUUGUAAUUAUGUACCGUAGGAGAAAAGAAAUCAGCAAUAUUGAUCCUAAUUGAUGUUACGGUAUUAUGGAGAUAAAAAAAAGAACACGUGUGAUUUUAUUAGAUACUGGACUCUAUUGUUUAUUUGCCUUUUUUAUUUGUUGCUCAUAUGCAUUCUAAAUUGGUCUGUGUAAGAACAGCCGUUUUUUUUUUCUUUCUUUCUAAUGAGAGGUUAUGUCUGUGACACACCCGCACAAGAUAUGCAAAUCGUUUUUAUGUUUUCUCUUUUUCUAUGUGCGUGUGUGUACUGUGUGUGUGUGUGUGACGGAGAGAGACUCUGGCAUCAUUACCCAUACUUUUCCCUGAAAUCCCCAGCAUGCUGUAUGGAUUAGGACGUAUGGUCUUCGCUGCUGGACACUCUGGUGGGGUUUGUGGAGCUGUCUUGCGUGUUUUUUUGUGUUACUGUGUACUGUAGUGGGUCCGAUCGAGGAGUUUUGGCCAUCAGAAGGUUCUCUCCCGGUGUGUCGUCGUGUAUUUUUGUGCAGAGGAGGUGCACAGGAGGAGGGUUCAAUGUUAAAUGCUUCGCGCAUUGACAAUGCUGCUUAAAUAGUGUAUUUUGAAACUGCCAGAUGCAAGCUGUCUGACUGAGAAGCCUGCAGACGCUGGCGAGUGCUGAUCCGCGAUCAGCUCCACCAUCCCAGUGCUUAACCUCAGCCGCUGUAACGAAGAACAAAAAGCUGCUCUCAGAUCAGUGGGUAACUCAUCCCAAUAUUGUUGGGGUCAUUUAGUGGUGCCCUAGUAUACAAAUGGAGAAAAACAAUGCAUUGAAUUCACUUAAUUCAAGUGUGUACAUCAUUUCCACACAAGCUCAACAGAUUGGUAUUUUAAAAAAUGGCAAGUUUAUACUGUACUGUGUAAAAACCCACCUUAUAUGUAUUUUAUUUACAAAGUGGCCACUAAGUAAUACAAACAUUUCUGCUGGGUCUUUUGUUUUGCAUUUCAUUUGCUUUUAUUUCAGCUGCCAUUCUUUCAGGAGGCUGACUUAGAAGCUGGUUGAUUUUCUGAAGCAAUCAAACCCAUUCAGUGGUGUUGAGGUCUGGCCUCUGGGGUGGUCAGUCCAUCGUUCCGCUUCUUUGUUUGAUGUGUCCGUCUCCUCUUCUCAGUGAG